UGCACUUCGAUCUUGCACUUUACCGUCCCGUCGAGUGAUCCCAAGCAGCCCGCAAGAUGACCAUCAACACCCUGGCUAAAGGAGGAUGGCACCGGGAGCAAAUGGCCUGUUUUCGAAAGAUGGAGAGAGUGAUUGUGGCCAUGCAGGACCCUGAUAUGGGCAUGAAGAUGAGAAACCAGAGGCUCCUUAUUACUGUCAUUCCACACGCCAUGACAGGCCGUGAUAUAAUAGACUGGUUGACCCAGAAAUACAAUAUCUGCGAGGAGGAAGCACUGCACGUUGGAGGCAUGCUGGUGAGAUACGGCUACAUUUACCCUCUCAAGGAGCCGAGAUCUCUUGUGUUACGGCCUGAUGAGUCGCCCUACCGCUUCCAGACUCCGUACUUCUGGACUAGUACCCGGUGGCCUGCCUCAGAGCUAGACUAUGCAAUCUAUUUGGCUAAAAAGAACAUAAGAAAACAAGGAGAACUGAUGGAAUAUGAAAAGGAGAGGUACAGUCUGUUGCACAAGAGGAUCAACCACACCUGGGACUUUGUGGUGAUGCAAGCCAGAGAGCAACUCAGAGCAUCCAAACAGAGGCGGAAGGCUGACCGCAUUGUUCUAGAGUGUCAGGAGCAGGCUUACUGGCUCAUCAACAGACCCCCGCCUGGGGCCCAUAAUGUGUUGGACAUGGGUCUAGAGAGACCAAAUAACUUCAGCUUACCAGUUACACUGAAAUAGAAUAGUGACUACUACAAAAGAGAGAUUGAAACCUGUAAAAGGGCCCUUGGAAGAAACCGUGUGAAGUCAUCCAUCUGCCUAGAAGGCUUUGUGAAAUACAGCGAGCAGUACCUGAACCAUGAUCCCAUUAUGCAAGGCUGCCUUCCCAGUAACCCCUGGAUCUCUGAUGACACCGCGCACUGGACAAUGAAUACAGAAGUGGUGCCCACACCGACACGUCUUCGGGUGGAACGUUGGAGCUUCAGCUUCAUGGAGCUUCUCAAUGACAGCAUGGGGAGGCGGGAGUUCAUGACCUACCUGGAAAAAGAGUUUAGUGCGGAGAACCUGUGUUUCUGGCAGGCCUGUGAGGAUGUUAGACAUGGAGAGAGUUCUAGGAUCAUAGAGAAAGUGGAAGAGAUCUACAAAAAUUUCCUGGCUCCUGGAGCUGCCCGUUGGGUCAACAUCGACAGUAAGACGAUGGAUAAAACUCUAGAGGGGAUCAGACACCCGCAUCGUUUUGUCAUGGACGACGCACAAAUGCACAUCUACUUUCUCAUGAAGAAGGACUCUUAUCCAAGAUAUCUUAAGUCUGACCUAUACAAGAACCUGCUGGCCAAAGCUGUGGUCCCCCAGGAGACAAAGAAAAGCGUGUUCCCCUUCAUGAGACGCCAGCGUCACUCUAGCCCAUCCCCCGCUCAGACUUUCACCCAGGCGGCGGAGGAAGACGGGCAGGCUAAGGGGGCCGGGCAAGCAGGGGGACAUUGAGGGCCCAUGCUCCUCCACAGUCACCAGGCUGCUCAGGCUGCCUGUCAAGCUGCUGCCACGGCUGACUAAGGCACCCUGCUCCUCCAUCAGCCAACGCAUGGCCUCGAUACCCUCGUGCACGGCCACCAGCUGUCGCAGAAUCCUCACA